UUCAGUUGUUGUUAUGGAGCCCGUCUAAUAUAUUGUAAACCGCCGCGAUAGGAGCGUUUUUUUUAACCGAAACUGGACAAAGCUGGAUGAAGAAAACGGCUUUUAUUUAAAAAAUAAAAACAUGGAGCAAGGAGAAUCCACACCAGUACUUUCCCGAAAAGAGCUACGUAAGCAGAAGUUGAUGGAAUACUUGGCUGCAAAAGCAAAGAUCAAGCCAUCAAAUCCUACGCCAAACCUCCAAGGGGACUGUCAGGUUAAGAGGCCUGUGAUGUCUGCAGUAAAGGUUGUUACAGGAAAAGAGAACCAAGCUCCAGUUGAAAGAUUCAGAAGUAGUGGACCAAAAAGUCAGACUCUGAAUGCUCUGUCCAAACAAGACCCUGGCAGAAGAGCAUUUGGUAUCACGAACAAAGCGAAUGUAAAAGGCAGCGUACUGAAAGGACAGCAGAAAGCUGCUCAUUUGUCUUCAAGCAGUGGCCCAUUGCAGACAAAACUUAAUCUAAACCAUGUUCUCACUAGAACAUACACUGUUGUGUCCUCCAAAUCCAACCUGAACGCAGCGACCCAUCUCAAAAAGCAACCACACACAAGAAUUCAAACUUCAGGCAAAGCCCCAAUCAAUGCAGCUUGUACGGCUGGAGCAAAAUCAAACAGCAAAUUCCACCUUAAUGCUGCCUCGUCAGGUCCAGUGAAGACAGUCAAUAUGAGACUGAGUCUUGGCCCUCUUGUCAAAACAAGAACAGGACUGAUACCUGCAGUGACGCAGCCAAGAACCACCAAGACAGACUUAACACACACUUCUGCCACAGCAGCUAAUACCACCACCACCACCACAGCUCUUGUUGCUAAGAAGGUGCGCUCCAGCAGUAUAUCAUCAGUCUCUCUUUCCCAGAGGUCUACCAUGGGUGUUUCUUCUACUGCAAGAGCUGGGAAUAAACUUCAAGCUCAGACCAAGUAUAACUCUAAACCACUUCUUGGUAAAUAUUCUCAGCCAUCUUGUAAGAAUCAGUUGUCAAGGGGACUGAAAUCAGUAUCCACUUCCUUCAAGUGCACAGCAGCACCUUUUAAGCCCGAGGGAAGAAUAGCAACUACCAGAUCAGUUGGUGAAUCUGCAGACAGGUCCACAAAGCUGAAAUCUGGAGUUGUAGGGCAGAAAAAUGCUGCCUUCCAAACCUCCUCAAAGCUAGUGAACAGGUGCAAUUCCAGAGCCGUUGGUGGGGUAACGGGAGCUGUUGUGACCAACCAGGGAAGGAAGACCAAGACGAGUAAUGAGACAGACUGCAAGAAGAAAAAUUGUUCAGAAAAUGCCAGAUUACCGCGCACAAGUACAAAACCAACAGGUGCUCCAGUGGUGUCACAGACAGUGCCCCAACCUGCCAGAACCAUCAGCCUCACUGGCCGAGCCACAAACACGAAGACACCAAAGGUCCUGGUCAGGGUCCUUCCCCAGACUGAGGGAAAGAAACUGACUGCUGCCCAGGAGGACAGACUGAGAAAACUUCAGGAGUGGCGGGAAGCCAAGGGAAUUUCCUACAAACGUCCUCCAAUGCCAGUGAAACCUGUGGUCCGGCGUACUGUGUCUGUGCCUCAGCCUUUUUGGGCGUCCAUGAAGGAGGAAGAUGAGGCCCACUCCCUCAUCUAUGCUGUGGACAGAUCCCUGGCUGACUGCAUCAAGUUGCUUGAAGAGGGCUGCGCUCCUGACCAGGUGAAGGAGGUCCUCUCGCGGUUGCCGCCGGUGUCCCAGAAGUUUGCCAAAUACUGGAUCUGUCGAGUCCGUCUGAUGGAGCAAGAAGGCAACCUGGAUGUUCUGCCCAUGUUUGAAGAGGCUGUUCGCGUUGUGCUGGAGCCAGUGGAUGAGCUGCGCACUGUGGUGUUUGAAAUUCUGAAGAAAAAGGACGAGAUCCAAGCUUCUAAAGAAAAUGAGAAAGAGGAUGAGCAUAUUUCAACGGCUGAAAGCACUCCAGAGUGGAACAACAACCCACUGGUGACACCGAAACCUGUCAGGGCGCUUAUCUGUGGGGAGAAAGGAGACUCGUCGGUAGUCAAAUACAAGAUCACAGCAACUCCUGGGGGCCCUCCAAGCCAGCAGAGGGAACCGGUGAGGGUCAACGGCCAGGAGGUUCGCUUCUUCACCCCAGUUAGACGGUCGGUGCGAAUAGAGAGAGCUUCAAUCCGUUACCCUGCGUCCCUCCAGGACCACGACCUCUGCGUGGAAUCAUACAACGAUCUGAUCUCUGAGGAGGAUAAAGAAAGAAAUGAAGAGCAGACUGGUGGGGAGGGCAGCCCGUCUGUUAGCGACACGCCAAUGUAUGUUUACAGGGAGAACGAAGCGCUUAAAGAUAAGGUGCUCGUCCAGCUCUUCUGUGACGAUGGCGUUUAGUCCUACUUCCUCAAUUCAUCUCCACCACUUUUCUGCUGAGACAAAAUAUCUUCAACGAUCUGUAUUUAAGUUUAUGUGCAUACAGUUCUCAGAAAUGAAGGGGAGUUUCAUCCUUACAAAGAUAAAACCUGACGUUUUAGGGAAUGGGUUGGUUUUAUAAAGUUAGGGUUUUUUCACGCUUGCUUAUAGAGAAGCUAUUGGGUUUAUUUUUCUUCUUUUGAUACUUGUGUUAUUUUAUUUCUUCAAAUAAUGCAGUGUACAUAGCAAUGUAAAAUAAAUCUUUUCAACCUAUAACCAUA